AUGGCGCCCCAGCGCCUAAGCACAGAGCGGAGCAGGAUCUACCAGCAGCAGCACGAGUUCCUCAAGUUGGCAACCAAAAAACUCAGUGCAAGUUCAGUGUCCGCAGAGGCACGGAGGAAAGGUGCUUGGUGCGCCUGGCGGGAGCGGGACCGGCUGUACUACGAGUGCUACUCGGACAUCACGGUGCACGAGGAGAUGCUGGCGGACCGCACGCGCACCGACGCCUACCGCCAGGGCAUCCUGCGCAACGGCGCGGCGCUGCGGGGCAAGGCGGUGCUGGACGUGGGCGCGGGCACGGGCAUCCUCAGCCUGUUCUGCGCGCAGGCCGGCGCGCGGCGCGUGUACGCGGUGGAGGCCAGCGCCAUCUGGCAGCAGGCCCGGGAGGUGGUGCGGCACAACGGGCUGGAGGACCGCGUGCUCGUGCUGCCGGGCCCGGUGGAGACGGUGCAGCUGCCCGAGCCGGUGGACGCCAUCGUGAGCGAGUGGAUGGGCUACGGGCUCCUGCACGAGUCCAUGCUGGGCUCCGUGCUGCACGCGCGCGCCCGCUGGCUGCGGGAGGGCGGCCUGCUGCUGCCGCUGUCGGCCGACCUCUUCCUGGCGCCCGUCAGCGACCACGCGCUGGAGCUGCGCCUGGGCUUCUGGGACGACGUGCGGCAGCUGUACGGCGUGGACAUGAGCUGCCUGAAGGGCUUCGCCACGCGCUGCCACAUGGGCCACUCGGCGAUCGUGGUGGAGGAGCUGAGCGGCGAGGACGUGCUGGCCAAGCCGCAGCGCUUCGCGCACCUGGACCUGGCGCGCACCGGCCUGGAGCGCGAGCUGGCGGCGGGGGUGGGCGGGCGCUUCCGCUUCCGCUGCUACGGCUCCGCCCCCCUGCACGGCUUCGCCUUCUGGUUCCAGGUGACCUUCCCGCCGGGGGACUCGGAGCCGCCCGUGGUGCUGUGCACGUCGCCCUUCCACCCGGCCACGCACUGGCGGCAGGCGCUGCUCUACCUGGACGAGCCGGUGCCCGUGGAGCAGGACACGGACGUCUCCGGGGAGAUCACGCUGCUGCCCUCGCCGCUCAACCACCGGCUGCUGCGCGUGCUGCUGCGCUACCGGGUGGGCGACCAGGAGGAGAAGACCAAGGACUUCUCCAUGGACGACGAGCACUGCCUGGUGGCCCCGCUGCCUCCCGAGGAGGCGGCGGCCGGGCCCGCGCGGUAGAAAGGGGACCCCCCCCCACCUCCCCGCUGCAACGAGGGGCCUUUGCUCCUGCCUGCCUUUGCCCCCCUGGCUCCAGGGGAGGGAGAGUGAUUCACUCUCACCUGGAGGAGAUUCUUCUAUUUUUAGAAUGACCCUGAUGUCCCCAGCGAUGGAAACAGCGAGUUUACGAAUAGGCUUUUUAAGCUCAAAAGUAUGUGGUAUACCAAGCACUUGUAUUUCUGUUUUUUGUUUGUUUCAUGAAAAAAAAAAAAAACCACGAAAUAAAAUGUCACUUUAUGAAAGUUCGUGCACACUCCUGAAACCUCACACCUUCUCUCAGCCUGAGGCCAGGGAGACAGGUAAACGUUUAGAGUUAGACUCCGCAAGCUUCCAGGAUAAUUAGACUCUCUCUCCAGAGCCCUCCUUUCUUUUUCUGAAUUCCCUCCCUUCCCUGUGGCCUCCGCUACAGGACUUCUUCCUGGUCUUUUAAAUAAGCUUUACUACUGGCCAUGGGAGGGGGGAGACUGAGAAAGCAGUUUAAACAGCCCUGUUCUCAUUACACUUACUACUUCCAUAAGGCGCUAAAGUCGAUGAACACGUUAAAUAGGUUUUAUAUAUAACUGUACAACCUACCUGAGGAAUCGAGAAAGGCCUGAAAGUGAAGUAGUAUAGUUGUUGUGUUUUUUUUUUAUUCUUGGCUGUACUAUUAAGAUUUAACCAAGAAACUCUUCCAUGUAUUUUCCACAAUA